GAAUCUGAUCACAGAGUGUAGAUACAGAUAUUUAUUCCAAAUGAUGGUUGAACCUCAAGAGCUGCUGAUUCAGUUUGAUCAAAUAAUGAAAGAGAACAAUGGAGAACAUGUGAGAUAUAAAGAGCCUGAGGGAACGGCGACUCCAGCUGGUGAAGAUGAAGUUUCUGCAUUUAGGAUUGUACUAUUUGGGGAAAAUGAGAACAAAAAGACUGAACUUGUCAAGCAGAUGAUCAGAAAUCAAGAGUUUGUCAUCCGAAAACCUUCUUCCCAAUGUGUGGCUCACUGUGGACAACUGAGAGGAAAACCAGUGACAAUGGUGACAUUUCCUGACCUGUUCAGUCUGACUGAGAGUCAAAUGGCAGCAGAGUUAAAGAGCUGCUGGGAUCUUUGUCAUCCUGGACCAAAUGUUCUGCUGCUGAUGGUGAAUUCUUCAGAUUUCACAGAGGAGAAGAAAAAAAAACUGGAUUCCUUCCUGGAAAAGUUUGAUGAAAAUGCCCAGAAACACUCAAUGGUCAUCAGAACAAAUGAAAUUGAUAAACAGGAUUCUGUUCUUAAUUCAUUCAUCGCAGAUAGACAGUAUGAAGAUAGACAGUACAACAUGGCUGACAACAAUCUCCAGAAUUUAAUGAAGAAGAUUGAAGAUAUUGUAAAUCGUGACCAAAGUGCCUUCCUGAAGCUCAAAGAGGAUAAAGCAGAGUCAAAACGUGACGAGACUCUGCAACACUCAAACCGGGUUUUGUUAGGGAAGACGUCAGAAUCGGGCCAAAUGGAGGAUAAACUACAGCAACAGACAGGUAAUCCAGAGCGUCUCCGGAUCGUUCUGAUUGGGAAAACUGGCAGUGGGAAGAGUUCAUCAGGAAACACCAUCCUGGGAAGAAACCAGUUUAAAUCUGGAGUUUCUCCACAGUCAGUUACUAGAAGCUGUGAGAAAGCUGAAUGUGUGAUAGACGGUCGCCAUGUUGAUGUUGUUGACACUCCUGGUCUGUUUGACACCAACUUGUCCUUGAGUCAGGUUAAUGAAGAGAUAAGGGAAUGUUUCAGUCUGGUGCAUCCAGGUCCUCAUGUCUUCCUGCUGGUUUUACCGAUCGGCAGAUUCUCUGUAGAAGACACUGAGACACUGAACUGA